AUGACUGGCUCUUUACACAAGACAGCCCGGAAUAUUUCGGUCAUUGCAGGGACGCUGGUCGCCCUGUCAUGCGGAACCAACUAUGCAUACUCCGCAUGGGCGCCACAAUUUGCCCAGCGCAUGAAGCUUUCAUCGACUGAGAGUAACCUUAUCGGUGUUGCGGGAAACCUCGGGAUGUAUGCGAUGGGAAUCCCGAUGGGCUUAUUGACUGAUGCCCGUGGUCCACGACUUAUUACACUAAUUGGAUCAAUUUCUUUGGGCUUGGGAUACUUCCCGAUAUACUGGGCAUAUAACAAUGGCGAAGGAUCGAUGCCCAUCGUGCUACUAUGCUUCUUUACUUUCCUUACAGGCAUGGGUGGUUGUUCUGCCUUUGGUGGAGCUAUCAAAACAGCGGCAUGCAACUUCCCCGAACAUCGCGGCACGGCAACUGCUUUCCCGUUGGCCGCCUUUGGCCUGAGCGCACUAUUCUGGUCCAACAUCUCGACCCUCAUCUUUAAGGACGACACCGGCCGCUUCCUCUUGCUCCUAGCACUCGGAACCUCAAUUUUGUCCUUCUGCUCAAUCCCAUUCCUCCGCAUCCUCGCCAGCGAGUCGUACUCGUCCAUCCCUCGCAACAUUCCAGAAUCCAGAAGGCUGCACAACCCCACCGACCUACAACCUGUGCCCGAAGACGAAGAGGACCCCGGCGUGCAAAGCUCAACAGCAUUCGAGCAUGAACAACACGCCGCACAUGCGCGCUCGCACUCAUCGAACCGACUAUUCGAAGACGAGAGAUCGUCCUUGGUGUCUAAGAACGACCACACGCGCCCUUCAUUCGAUACCCUAGACGAUGACUUCUUGAACGAAGUCGCCAUCGAGUCCCACCACCUCGAUAUCAGAGGUCUCGCCAUGCUCCGCAAAGUCGAGUUCUGGCAACUCUUCCUAACGAUGGCCCUCCUGUCCGGCAUCGGAUUAAUGACAAUCAACAACAUCGGCAACGACGUUAAGGCACUAUGGCUCUACUACGACGACAGCGUAACAGAUGCCUUCAUUCAGCAUCGACAAGUCAUGCACGUCUCCAUUCUUUCUUUCGGCAAUUUCCUUGGCCGUCUUCUCAGCGGUAUCGGCUCCGACCUGCUAGUCAAAAAGAUGGGCAUGUCCCGCUUCUGGUGCCUAUUCAUCUCCGCGGUGGUAUUCACCCUGACCCAACUUGCCGGAACCACAAUCUCCCACCCUAACAGCCUCGUUAUCGUUUCUGGCUUCACCGGAAUUGCCUACGGUUUCCUUUUCGGCGUGUUCCCUUCGCUGACUGCACACACCUUCGGUAUCGGCGGUCUUUCCCAGAACUGGGGAGUCAUGACCCUGGCCCCGGUUUUCAGCGGCAAUGUCUUCAACUUGCUCUAUGGAAACAUCUACGACGGACACUCCGUUGUCGGCAGAGAUGGUGACCGCGAGUGUCCCGAUGGAUUGGGCUGCUACCGCUCAGCCUAUUUCAUGACUUUCGUUUCCGGCCUAUUCGGCAUUGCUGUCUGCUUGUGGAGCAUCUUUCGCGAGAGAAAUAUCCAUAAUGUUAUGAACAGGAAAUUGGAUCACCGACUCGCGUGA